AUGUCAGCCCCCAACCCCAAAGACUCCAUGAAAUCUACCUGGCGCAGCACACCCAAAGACUCCUGGACAGUAUGGCACUGGCUCUUCGAAGUCAUGGGUAUUCACCCGACAACCCUCGACAAAGCCGUUCCCAUCCACAGCAAGGAAGAGCCUAUCCCAUACUUACCUGAAUGGAAGGAACAUCGCUGGGUGCUGUCGCAUGGCGUUAUACCCUUGGUGCUGCAUCAGACGUAUGUCGCGUACACGGGCCAAAAUUUGGGCGGUGUUGCGGCUUUCGUCUUGUACACCGUUGCGUUCAAGGCGAUUGCGAUUAAUCAGUUGCAUAUGCUGAGGGGACUGGGGCAUAAGUAUGGUUUCUUCGACGGCGAUAAGCAUGCCAGGGAUGAUGUGCCUGAUGUCGGUGUCGCCAAAGUCGCGCACUCCUUAAUGUCGACGUCGACGUUUCGGCCCAUGUUUACUGUUAUGUUGGCCUAUAAUUCUGCGGCGACGCCCCUGGCAGAGUUGCGGGCGAACUGGGCGUGGGCGAUUGUGGAGGUUAGUUUGUAUGGAAUCAUACUCGACUUUUGGUUCUACUGGUAUCAUCGCUUGAUGCAUGAUGUGGACGCAUUGUGGAAGUACCAUCGCACGCACCACCUGACCAAACAUCCCAAUCCACUUUUGACGCUGUACGCGGACGUGGAGCAGGAGUUUUGGGAUAUCGCGGGCGUGCCGUUGUUGACGUACGGGUCGAUGAAGUUGAUGGGCAUGCCCAUGGGGUUUUAUGAGUGGUGGCUGUGCCAUCAAUACAUCGUCUUUUCGGAGUUGGCUGGUCAUUCGGGGUUACGGAUUUAUGCUCGAACAGCAAGUCCGCUGACUUGGCUGAUGAAGUUGCUUGGUGCAGAGCUCGUAAUUGAGGAUCAUGAUUUGCAUCAUCGCACAGGCUGGAAGAAGAGUCAUAAUUAUGGGAAGCAGACGAGAUUGUGGGAUAGAAUUUUUGGGACCUGCAGAGAGAGGAUUGAAUCUAGAGAAGAGAUGGUGGAUUAUGGGACGGUUGUUGAUAUGCCGUGGUUUUAA